AUGAUCAAUGAAAGAAAGAUGGAAGAUAACAUAAUUGCAGAAUGCAAGAGUAUCGUUUUAUUUCCACUCAAAUAUUACUAAAAUGAGGAUAAAAUAAUUUGAUAUUUUAAAACUAAUAUUUCACACUCAAUUGUGUAGAAAUAAUACACAAUGGCUGCUCUGGACAAAUUAGUUAAAGCUCUGGAAGGACUGAAAAUUAUGAAAGAUUCAACCAUCUCUGAUGAAUCAGUCAGACGAAAGGAGAAAGCCAUACUAUGUGUGACAGUAGCAGAUCUGAUGUGCUCUCCAGCCGCACGAAACGCCCCCAAGCUGCCUUCCUAUUUGUCCUACUCCAUGGAAACUCUGCUACACAUGUGCGAUGAUCCUGAUUCAAAUAUACGCAUGGCGGCUGAUGAGUCUCUCAAUAGAAUCAUAAGGGCGAUGAUGGAAAGUAAUAUAGUGAAAGUAUUGGUGGAGCUGCACAAGGAAAUAAAAGCCAAUGGAAAGGCACGCAGUCUUCGAGCUGCCCUCUGGCGGUUUGGAGAAUUGGCUCAUAUGAUAAGGCCACAGAAAGGGAAACCAUUCAUACAGAAUUUGGUUCCGUGCAUCAUACAAAUCGCCAAGAGAACAGAAGAACUGGUUCUUGAAACUUUGGCCACUGCAAUGCCAAAAAUAUUUCUAGCUCUUGGUACAUUCACAACUGAUAAUGAUAUAAAGAGCUUGUUGAGAACAUUCCUGGCCAACCUCUCCUCUGACAAUACAGUAGUAAGGCGCACGGCUGCUAGUAGUAUAUUGGCAGUCUGUCUGCACUGCCGGAAACCGCAGAUAUUUCUUAGCUAUACACUGAAUACAGUAGUGGAGUCCAUUCUUCCCGUGAAAGACGACCAGUCAAUACCAGAGCUACUGGGUGUGUUGAACCUGACGCGUCAACUGCUGCCCCAUUUCUGCAAUUCGUCAAAGGAAGAUGCCAACUCGCUCAAUAGCAGCCUAGGCGUUCCUGCCACCUCCCCUGACUCUUCACCACCGAUCGAUAGAUUCAUACAAGUUUACGAACUGUGUCUCCACUGGAGUCAGCAUCAGGAUCAGAAUGUUGUGACGGGAUCUCUUGAAACUCUACUGCAGUUGCUCUCCUGUAAUCUGCCACAACUCACCAGUGUUCUCACUGCUCCAGCCGGACUCUCUCGUACCAGAAUACUUCCAUCUGAUAACUCCAAUAAGUUAUCUUCACGCACUUUAAGCCAAAUGAGCGUGGUGACGUCUUCAGUGCAGGCUGAUGAGUCUGCCCUCCUUGAUCCCAUGGAAGAUUGUCCUCAGUUCAAGGGUGGCCAGGUUGAACAAUGGGUACAAAGCACUGUUACCUCCAUGUUCCCAAAUCGAGCUUCCGAUUCUACGCAAGAUGAGACCGACCAAGAAUACAUGUCUGAGGUGGAAAGUGAGCCGUCUUCGAUGAGGCCUGUGGUCAGCGAUUCACUGCAGCGGGCGCCCAGUUUGGAGUCUGAGCAGCUGAUUGGCCGGGAUGACUCGCCUUCACCACCUCCCACAGCCAAUGCAGGCGUCAAACAGGUUUGGGAUAUUGGAACAGUGAUUGAUACGGGGCCAGCUUUGGUGCACUGUGCUCGACAUCUAUUCGUCAAGUUUCUGCUGCCAGAAGAGGCUGGAAUCAGGGUGCGAGUGAGUGUGCGUGCGUUAGCUCUCAACUGUCUCUCUCAAGUGCUCAGGAUAAUGCCCAGGGUAUUCCUCAUGCACAUUGAUCGGCGGAGACAAACCACCAGUAAUGGUGUCUCACACGUGAGCGACGUUCUGAGCUUCGCGACGCAUGCGGACCAGCAGAUCCGUGGCCUGACGGGGUCGUUGAUUGGCUAUCUGGUGAAGGCGGCGCUGUGUGAGGGCAGGGCCAGCUACGCGGAUUGGUCCAAUAGCAACCAUCCUUCCGACCUCCCGCUCGGCACUGUUUUGAGCAACGCCUCCUCCGAGAAACACAUUCCCCUGGCGACUCUCAUCUCACUUAUGGUUCAGUGCUUAGAAGACGAGUCGUAUGUUUGUGUGAGGCACACGUUGACUGGUGUCUCCACCUGCUUGGAUGCUCUGCUCGGCAGCAAAGACAGUCAAUCCUGCAUUCCAAUCCUUCAUGCAUUGACAGCUCUCAGCAACAAUCCCUAUUGGCUUAUCAAGGUUAAAGCUGUGGAACUUCUCUCCUCUCUUAACUAUCUGACCAUACACUAUGUUAUUGGCAAUUCAAGCUUUCAAGAUAAGUUAUUCAACAUGGUGUUGAUCACCCAGCUGGGGGAUCAGGAUAGCAGAGUAAGGAAGGCCACCGCUGAAGCCAUAACAAAGGUAGUGGACAACCUAUUCUAUCCAAUCGAUUAUAGCCCCGAAGAUCUGGUUACAACUCUUGGAAUAUUUCUAAGACAGCAAAUUCUAUCAGGAUUAUUCGACCAAGAGUCACAGGAGUUUCCAAAACCGAACGCAAAGUGUGAAACAGUUCUGUCCAGGAUUGUUAGCAUGCUAUCUCAUCUUUUGCUUCAGUCGACCUCUAAAUUUCUCACCGCUGGAUGCUGUGAAACCCUAGGAAUGUUGUCACUAAAGUAUCCCUGCAAUGAGUAUCCCAGAGGAUGGCAAUGUAAAUUAGGCCGCGUAUCUUCCAAUGCUAAAUCCACCGUAAGUGCAUCUUCCGGUCUUCUUGCCACAGUUCUAGCUUAUUUGACGUCUUCCUCUGUAUCUCUAGACUUGGAAGUUCACAGCUGGCUUCUCCUAUUGGCCGGGAAUCUACUUGCAGGUCUUGCCGAAAGUGGUUUGCAGACAGUUGAUACAAAAGCUGAUUAUGAUAGAACUCAACUGUGGGCGGCUCUGCACGAUAAAAAGUUGGCGGUGCUGAGCGAGCAGCUGGUGAGUCACGUGAUGCGGAUGCUGUCUGUGUUUGUGAUGGUGCUGGAGGAGGUGCCGGCUGCGCAUGCGCACUCACAGCGAGUUGGCAUUGCGCCGUCGCCCGUCAAGAGGCGACCGUCGCGUGCCUCUUCGCCCGCCAAACUGCCCCCCUCAGCUGCUACCAACACUGAUAAAGAAUCUGUGAACAUUAUUGCUGGUAGUAACAAAGAAGAAAAAGGAAAGUCGUUCGGCCACUUCUCUCAUCUACGGCAUUACUGUAAACUUCAUGAGAAUCUCAUUGCCGCCUAUUCUAAUUACAAGAUAAGCUUGGAAGGAGGAGCCAGUGAGAAAUUUGUGAAUCUGUUGAGAGUUGUGCUGAAGACUCUGGGACAUAUUCUCGAAUAUUCGGGUGUGGCUGAAUCAGGGCGAAUUGCUGAAGAGCUUUUGCACAGUCUCUGUGUGACUGUGGCUCUGGAACCAACUUGUAGUAUCAAGACUGUUCAACAGCUGCUGAAAAGUCUUUUCGGAGCAAACUAUCUUGCCCGUUGGGACGAGGAGAGAGAAAAGGGAGAGAAAAGACAAGUCCUCUCAAAUCUUCAAGACUCUUAUUCUGGAUUUUACUAUUCAGUCUUUCAACAGCCUUAUACUAAAUUGGGAGACUACUUGGAAAUCAACAGCAAAACCUGCACUGAAACACCAAGAACAUUACCGACCAAAUACGGAAUUUUACUGGAAUCACUGGAUAAUAUUGAGAAAGAUGGACCCAGUUAUGUGAGGGAACGAAUUGCCAACUCCAAGAACAAUACUGGCAGAAACUCCGAUAAAGCGUCAUUAGCAUCAUACAUUCGCUUGUUUGAACCCAUGGUCAUUCAAGCUCUCAAGAAAUAUACAGUGACAAGUUGUGUUUCAAUUCAGAUAGCAGUUCUGGACUUACUGUCGCAGUUGGUUCAGUUGCGCGUCAACUAUUGCCUUCUAGACUCCGAUCAAAUAUUCAUCACCUUCAUCCAUAAACAGUUUGACUUUUUGGAGGAAGGUCAAAUCAGGAGAGCAGAAGAGCUCAUUCCAAAACUGUUCCAGUUCCUUAUCUACUUGUCGCAUGAGAAGAAUCAUUCGAAAUCAGUGACGAGCUUUUCUAGAGUGAUACAGUUGUGUGCCGGUCUGAUGGCCAGUGGACAAAAUCCAGUUACACAUUGUAUUCCAGCCUUACUUCCUGUUGUAGAGCAUGCUUUCUUAUCAUCAAACCCCCCGGGAGAUGUAAAGGAAUUGGAAACACAGCGAGAAUUCCUAAUUACAAUGCUACUUCGUUUGGUUGAAUAUCCUCAGGUACUGCACCUACUGAGCCUUAUCCUGGGAGAGGGUUGGCGAUGGGAGGAGCGAUGGCGCAAGUUGUCCCGCCACACGGCCGACACCAUCCUGCCCAAGCUGGCUCAGGGCAAGGUCAUCCUCGAGAAGCCCCAGCACCUGGCCAGCCUGCUGCAACUGUUGAACAGCCUGGCGCCGGGCACUCUGCGACCGGUCGACCAAGUACUCAAAGUGCUGUUCACUGCUCAACAGCCAGAGGACGGUUGCUCAACAGAGCGUUGGCUGAGCGUGGUGGUGGCGAUGUGUGUUGCGCUGGGCUGUCAGGGCAGAGAGGACACCGUGCUGUCCCGCCUGGAGGAGUUGCAGUUGUGUGUGCACCAGCAGGGAGAUGACCCGCUCAAUGUCAUCGCUGCACAACACAAUCAUCCGCCCCAACUUAUCUUUGCUAAGCUGUUGCUUCACGUGAUUGAGUCGGUUGUGUCGAAACUUGAAACUGCCAGUAAGCAGUGUGAGGAUGCAGCCCAUAUCGAGAAUAUUUUUGCCCACUUCCUACUCAUUUGUUUGCAUAUGUUCCAGUCAGGAAGCUAUGUGCAAGUGGCCACAGCACUGAUCCAGCUUGUAAGGGAGCCAGAAGGCGGAGAACGACUGAAGGCAGUCAAUAGUAGUUUCACAGCAAUUGCCUCGUGCUGUCCCCUGAUCACACUGCUCUGGUCAUACCUGCUCACUCUCAUCAACUACGGUCAUACGAGCUAUUGGUCGGUGCUCAUGCAGACCAGGGACAGGGAUAAGAUUGGAGCAAAAUAUCGUUCCCAAGGGAUUGAACCAGACACAUGUCAUAAUCUAGAAGUUGUAAGACGGGGCGCCAUCAUUCUGUACAGUGACUAUGUUACAGAAAACGUGGCGGACAGUGAAUGCCUGACUUGGCUGAUAGUGGGUCACGUGGAAGAGUUAAUCAACCUAUCGACUGAGCCCCCCGUACAGGAGCUGUUGGCCGCAGUUCAUAGGAAUCCGGCCGCCAGUGGCCUCAUGGUGCAGGCUGUUGCCACCAGGUGCACGCACGUCUCACAGGUUAAAUUUCUGUGUAAGCUGCUUACUUGUCUGGAAACGGUGCAUGAGAGGGAUAGUGGAGCUGUGUUGAAGCUGCUGGUUCCAAUCCUUCUGAAACAUCCUCAUCUUGUCGUAACCAAAAGAUCGACUACCCUCGCAUCAAGGAAAGUUGAAAUCCUUCUAACAUUGGAGAGAUCCGAGGUUGUGGCUCAAAUAGAUAAGGAAGAGCUUCAGGAACUGAUAGAAUCUCUUUCUAGUUCAAUGAAGUUAGCUAUCAAGCAUAGUGGUCUGCUCAGCCUUCUCAAUAAGUUGAGUUCUCAGUGCUUUGAUUUGUCCCCCGUUGAACUGGAUCAAGGAAGACCGAUUAAUGCAACAAAUAUUCGAAUGAUCACUUUGGACCGGGCAUGGUUCCUGACUCAAGUCAAAUUGAGGUGCUGUGGAAAAGGGAAAAACGGAACCCAGUGUGCCCAAUUGUUGAGUAAUUUGGACGAGGAAGACAUAAUUGGUGUUUUGCGAAGUGAGGACUUCGACAAUGCUAUUCUCCAGCACUGCUUCACGCUCGGAAUCAGACUUACUCAACAGGCAAGAGAGGCAAAAGAUGACAAGAAAGAUUCUGAUGUAGUGUCACCUCUAUUCAAAGCAGCCAGAAGAGCACUACUACAUCAUAUCCAUCAUCUUCAUAGCCUGUUGCCAAGGGUUCAUCAGGCUUACAGCCCUGUGGGACGGCCAGCCACUGUCAAGGAAUGCAAAUACAAGGAGAGAAUCGAUGAGCUGUUUUGUGACACAGAAUUCAUCGAGGCUUUCUUCAAAUUGGUGCCGGCAGUAGGCAGCUACAUGCAAGCUUCCAGUCAACAACUGUUCACCGAAAAUGGGCAGACCAGUAGCCUACAACCGAAAGAGUCUGAUGACGACAUCAUUAAAUUCGCUGUACUGUGUUUGGAGAGUAUUAUCUGGCUGAGCUCGACAAAAAUGUCACAGUGGGGCAAAUGGCCGUCGUGCAUUCAGAGUGCGCUGCAAUGUUCGGUCAACAUUCUGAAGCAGGACCGGCUGGUUGGCUUGCUGUCCUUCUCGCACAUCAGCUCCAUUGUAUCCAGUGUCGCGCAUCUGCUAGACAGGCACACUGACAAGGCUAUCAACAUUCCAACUAUCCCAGGUGACAUUGAUCCCAAUUUCAAUAUUCACACUAGUUACCAAAUGGCUGGCCUGAUAAGUGUCCUUGAAAAAUCACCACCGAACACUUGGAAUCUACCACAAUUCAUGUCUGUCAAUAUCAAGAAGUUGAUAGUGAGCGUUGGACGUUCGCCGCUCGUCAACUGGCAUUCCAGAACUCCCCAGGAGGGGUGGGGGCCCCCCGAUCCGGGUGCUGCCCCUCCCAUCCUCUCCCCGCACCUCUUGCAAGAUGUCGAAGUCAUGAGCCUUCUAGUCUUCCGUUUGUCUCUUCUUGGCUGGACCAAUCGGCAACAGUUUGAAGAAACAUGGAUGACUCUUUUGAGUGUUGUCACAGCCAACAGCUCUAAUGAUUCGGAGAAUGAACAGUCUUCCAGUAGUAUUCAGGGUAACAGUCUAACUGUGAAAGCUCUCAGUACAUUACUUUUGCAAACAACUGUAACUCCUGAUCCGGGGAACCCAGGAACAGGGAAACUGUUACAUUGUCCACGUGAUGAGCACGUCGAUCUUUCCAAUCAGAGUUGGGGAGCAAAGUAUGAAGCAGCUACUGAUGCGUUGUAUUGGAAACUGAAUGAAUUGGAGGAGAAUGCGUCCAGUCAGGUUUAUCUUCCAAGGUUGAAUGAACGUGUCAACGUCGAACGAAUCAACUCGACUGAUAGGUAUGGGUACGGACAAGUAUCAGUCAAGUACCUUAAAACAAAUGUUAUGUCUUCUGAUGAGCGUGCUACUGUACCUGCUGAGUCACAAUUAUGUAAAAUGUGCUUGGAACAGCAGCAGAGGCUAGCUAAAUUAUCCAUUGAUCUACAAUCUUGUCUUCAAUUUUUGUUAGAUUUGUAUUCUCAAUGGAUGCAUCCGGAUUGUGGAGUCUCACUGAAUGUCCUGUUGGAGAUAGUGCGGUCCACAAUCUGCUUGUCGGAUUUAUUCCUAGAACGAUCUCACUUCUCAUGGAUGCUCGACAUGUGCCUUGAACUCUCCAAAAGUCAUCCGGUCGAAGAUGAGAUCAUGCAUCAGUAUUUGCUAUUGGCUGUGUGUAAGGCUGCUUCCGUCCUGCCAACCCUGGAAACAGAUGUGAUAGAAAGAAUUCUCAAACUAUUAGAAAACGCUUUAAAAGCUUCUUUUCUUCCGGCAAGGCAUAGUGCACUACAUGGUCUAUUAUACUUGCUACAAAGUCAUCAUAUUCUCGAGACUGAAGAACCCGUAGAACAGAAACCUCCUGUCGUUGAUACCAGGCAAAGGCUGCUACAAGCUUCGUUGGAUUUUAUUAAUAGAAAUUUAACCAGUGAUGUUACCUCAGAAUCAAGUGAAGAAAGUUCGCUAACUUUAUACGCUCUAGUUUUUUAUACUCUGGAACAUGCCCCAGAAACGCUUGUGAAAGAAAUACCUCCUACGCUUAUUCAAUUAACUCAGAAUGCUGCUUCAUCGAAGUCUAUCAACUUAUACCAAGCACUGAUUCAGGGAUUGGAUAGACUGGUUCUGCUUGGAAAGCCCGAUGGUAUCAGGGAGCAAACGACGAGGCUAGCCACAGAACUGCUAGCGCAAUCGAAUCCAGCCAUCUUCCUUCCUGCUCUACAGCUGCUGCUCUCCUGCACCUAUUCGGGCGAAUACGACAAGGCUAGAGAAAGAGAGGAUGAUGCUGAGGUUUUCGUAGCUGCCAUUGAAAAAACAUCCACUUUAUUCAACAGAAUAAAACGAGCGUACCCAGUCGAGGCUGAAUGUGUGUGCACAGUUCUUCCAUUCCUGCUUGGAGACUUCUUUCCUGCUGCUAAAAUUCUAUCGAAAGUAAUUGGCGAGUUUCUGGCGCCAACUCAGCCUCAUCCACGAUUGUUAGCACCGGUUGUUUUUAAGGUGUUUGACCAAGCGUGCAGCGAAGACCAGUUACCACUUCUGCAGGCAUGGGUUGUGAUGUCACUGGGCAAUUUCACGCAAUGUCUUCCCAUGCCCAUGGCCACCUGGUGUCUCAGCUGUUUCUUCAUCAGUGCUUCCACCAACCCCUGGCUCAGAGCUCUGUAUCCUUCUCAAGGCUGCUAUUGCUAACAAUCCAUAUGUGUAUCAAAUGAACCUGUUUGG